AUGGGGGUGAUGGCUAUCGAGGUUCCUGAGGCGCUGGGAGGAGCAGGAAUGGACUACCUGGCCUACUCUCUGGCCGUGGAGGAGAUCAGUAGGGGCUGUGGCAGUACUGGAUGUGUGGUCUCGGUCAACAACUCUUUGUACAUAGGGCCAAUAUUGAAGUUUGGAACACAGAAGCAGAAGGAACAGUGGAUCACUCCCUUCACGACUGGAGAGAAAGUUGGCUGCUUCGCUCUGAGUGAACCAGGUAAUGGUAGUGAUGCAGGCGCAGCGUCUACGUUAGCCAGACAGGAGGGAGAGGAGUGGGUGUUGAACGGGACUAAAGCCUGGAUUACCAACAGCUGGGAUGCUUCGGCUACUGUUAUAUUCGCUACCACUGACAAGUCACUCAAACACAAGGGUAUCAGUGUAUUCCUGGUGCCCAUGCCCCAUCCUGGCCUGUCCCUGGGGAAGAAGGAGGACAAGCUGGGCAUCAGAGCAACCUCCACGGCCAACCUCAUCCUGGAGGACUGUAGGAUACCCCUGGGCAACAUGCUGGGGCCACGAGGAUCUGGCUUCAAGAUAGCCAUGCAAACCCUGGACAGUGGGCGUAUAGGUAUAGCUUCCCAGGCCCUGGGUAUUGCUCAGGCUGCUCUGGACUGUGCUGCGGACUACGCUCACAAACGCACCGCCUUCGGCGCGCCCAUUGGCAAGCUGCAGGCUGUACAGUUCAAGCUGGCAGACAUGGCUGUAGCUGUUGAAAGUGCUCGUCUCCUCACCUGGAAGGCUGCAAUGCUAAAAGAUGCCAAGAAACCCUUCACCAAGGAAGCAGCGAUGGCCAAACUAGCAGCGUCUGAGGCUGCUACCUUCUGCGGCCACCAGUCAAUCCAGGUUCUUGGGGGAAUGGGUUACGUGACAGACAUGCCAGCGGAGAGGCACUACCGUGACGCGCGAAUCACUGAGAUCUAUGAAGGCACCAGUGAGAUCCAGAGACUGGUGAUAGCCGGCCAGCUGCUGAAGGAGUACGUGUCAUAGAGACUUGUGAUUUAAACCCAAAUGGUGGCCGUAUGUUCCCUACAUAGUGCACUACUUCUGGAUAGAGUCCAAUGGCCAAAAGUGCUGUACUAUAUAGGGAAUAGGGUGCCAUUUCAGAUUGGUUCAUAACAGCUACUACACUCAGGACUGCAGUGUAGUGUUGCACAGUCUCAUCAGCGCCGGUCAGCUACUGAACUGGAAGGAAUGCCAGGCAUGGAGACAGGCUCACACAGCUCUGGGUAGAAGUUGCCCUUAACCACAGAUCUUGGACCAGAUUGCCCAACGCCCAAAUUCUAACCUCAACUGUUAUGGAGAGAACAUCUUUCCCUGGGCCAAUGGGGAGUGACACCUACCUACCACUCCAAUGGGACACCAUCAGGCCAGGGUUCAGGACAACUUGCACCCCACCUCUUGACUCAUAUUACUGCAACAAUUACUAAACAAUCCAAGCAAUUUGUUACAUUUGAUAUCAACAUGAAGAUAUGCAUCUUCCUUUCUGCCUUUAAACAUUAUUAUCUGCCUUAAACUGAUGUUAUCUGGUAACAUAAUAGAAGUUAGUGGACUCAUGUCCUCAUUGUGGAUAACCAGGGUGAAGAUGACUAGCUCUGUCCAAAUCAGACAAAAAGAAAGGUGCUGUCCUGGGUGGUGAUCAGAUAGAAAUGUAUUGUGUAGAACUGACAUGUCUCUUAGACAUGCUUAGUGAGGAAUCGAUCCCUGGGACCACCCAUACGUAGAAUGUAUGCACACAUGACUGUAAGUCGCUUUGGAUAAAAGCGUCUGCUAAAUGGCAUAUAUUAUUAUUAUUAUUA